CCGGUCAUAAUCUUACUUGCUUUACGUAGCUGAAUUGUACUUGUGCGUAUUUCGUGAAAAUGCCACAAACAUGUCACCUACGGAGGGAGGUAGUUGGUGAUAGUCGGCUUUGAUGGUUGAACAAACGAAACUCUUGGUGAUAGCUCCUCUCAGUUAAUCUACGGACACUACAUUUAUGGAUUAACGGACUUCUCAGGGAGUUGAACCGCGUGUCUUUGGGGAAGCUAUAACGUUACCCUUCUUCCUAGUGCCUCUGGACACAUUGAUUUCCAGCUAUCUCAAUAUGGGGGUAUUCAGUAUUGCGCAUCAGCACAAGUUGUUGCUUGUUUGGACUAGAAGAUUCAACAAUCCUGCAUCAAUCUCAAGAGUGGGCUCUCAGUUUGCCUCUCACCACGUCUCGGCUACCCUCCUGUGCCCAGAGGACAGCAGCAUCAACCCCGUGGUGAAGAGACAACGCAGGGUGUUAAAUACCUCCAGUGUCCAACACAAGCGUGUUGCAUCUGAUGGAUGGCAGAAACACGAGAGGUCGGCCCAGAAUAAAACGUGGAAAAGUGAGAUCCCAGUGUUGCAGCGGCCAUAUCAGAAGAAGGGAGGUGACAGCAGAGUGUCCUCUGAACUCAGGAGGCUGAGUCUGGACGAUUUCCCCGAAGAGAAGGAGAGGAUGGUGGGACAAAGGUCAACACUGGACUCCAAAGCUGAGAACUAUGAGGUUGUUUUUGGCAUGGCCCCCUGUCUCUUGGCUCUCACCCAGGGUAGAAGGCAGGUCCGUAGACUGUUCGUAAAAGAUGGGGAGGCCUCUCACAGGGCGUCUGUGAUUCAGGUCUGCGAGGAGGCUCAUGGUCGAGGAGUACAAGUCCAGCGGGUCAGUAAGAAAGAUCUGGACAAGAUGUCUUGGGGGCGAGUACACCAGGGAGUAUGUCUGCAAGCGAGUCCUCUGGGCUAUCUCACAGAGGACAGAGACUCUGCACCAAACAGAGGAGAGGCCCCUCUCUGGCUCGUCCUGGAGAGAAUUCAGGACCCGAUGAAUCUCGGCGCCAUCCUGCGUUCGGCUUAUUUCCUCGGUGUGGACCGAGUCCUCAGCAGCCUUCGCCACAGCUGUCCUCUGUCUCCGGUGGUGAGCAAGGCCAGCUCGGGCAUCAUGGAGGUGAUUGGGGUGUACGGAUACGAAAACCUUGAAGACAUGUUGAGGUCGAAGGUGGCACAGGGCUGGCAGGUGGUUGGCACAGUGGGGGCUGAAGCCGAGGAGGCCCAGAUUCCGGUCAUCCAGUGUUCAGACUUUCAGAUGACUAAACCCACGGUGUUGUUGAUGGGGGGUGAGGGGGAGGGAUUGUCCCAGCAGCUGCUCUCUCUGUGCCAAACCCUUCUCACCAUCCCAGCUGGCAGAGAGCUGUUCCCCGGGAUAGAGUCUCUCAACGUCUCCGUCGCCACAGGCAUUCUGCUGCACUCUCUGCUGUCCUCCAGGAGGUCGACCAGAUGAUGACCACCAGAAAUAUCUGCCUCUACUCCUAAUAAAAGAUUCAACGGCACUGAGAAUUUGACAUUUAUAGACCACAGAAUUACAUGAUGUAUUUGAAAUUGAACUGCAAUCUUCAUAAGUGGCUUUAAUAAGGAUGAUGAGAUCUUGUAUUUUUCUCCUGUCAACAAAUUCCAACAAUGAACGUAUCUGCUAUUAUGUAUCAUGUGUGUAUUAAAGCCUGAUUUGUCUUCUUC